CUAUUACAAUACGACAGCAAGAAGAAGAGAUUUUGUGAAAAUUUGCUUUCCUUCCGAGUUUUCAUUGAUUAAACAAAUCUCGCCAAACAAAUAAUAGUAUCGUGGAAAAUGUCGCUUUUCCGCAAACCGAAGAAAAUCCAGCGACGUGUGUUCUCCAGCAACGCUGACGAAGAGGAGGACGGUGCAUCCUUGGAUCCGGACGCCGAAAUGGAGGCGCCUCCGCCACCCAUAAUUUCCGGCAAGAGGGAGAAAGAGAAGAGCCGGAAGGCCAUAAAGCCGCAGGAGGACAACAGCAAACCAAAGGCGCUACUCAGCUUCGCAGAUGACGAGGACGAAGGCGAGGUCUUUCAGGUGCGAAAGUCGUCGCACAGCAAGAAAGUGAUGCGCAUGCUGGACAAGGAACGCCGCAAGAAGAAGCGCGAGGAACGGGCGGAAAACAGCGGACUUCCCGGGGGCGAAAAUGGUAGUACACAGCAUUUAGAGUCAUCCGGUGGCCCAUCAUCGGGUCCCCCGAAUUCCAACUCGAAUCCUGCCAAUGCUGGCAGAUAUAAAAGUGCCAGCGAUCAGAGUAAAAGUAAAAAAAGUGAUAAUCAUAUGAUCCAAACCGAAAUACGCACAGACGACUUUGUGCUAGUGGUUAAGAAAUCGGAAACUCCCGAGGCAAUUCUGAACGGUAGAGCUGCCCUCUGCGCUGGACGGGAGGACAUGAGCGAUGAAGACGACCAGCAAUCCGAGGAUGGUGGCCAUGACAAAACGCGCCACCGCUUCUCCAAGCCAGAACAUCUAAAGCAGAUGCUCGAAAGUGGUUCCAUUCCGGAUGCAGCAAUGAUACACGCUGCCCGAAAACGUCGGCAAAGGGCUAGAGAACAGGGUGCAGGCGACUACAUACCUGUUGAGGAGCCCAAGGAGCCGACCAAGCUAAGCAGUCGCCUACCGUGCGAAGAUGUUGAGGGCGAUCAGUCGGAUGACGAAGAACGCAUGGACAUGAACGAUAUUACGGGACGCAAAGAGCGUGAGGAGCGACGCGAGCAGUUUUAUGCUGUCGAGAAUGAUUCCACCGACGGAGAUUCCGAUCGGGAGAUGAACGAGUGGGAGAACCAGCAGAUCCGCAAAGGUGUUACGGCAGCCCAAUUGGUCCAUUCUCAGCAUGAAUCCGUGCUAUCCCGUUUUAUGAUCAAGCCUGCCACGGUGGGCAUCGGAACCGGCAUGGACGACGGAGAUUCAUCAGUGGCCCAGUCAACGUCCACUUUGCUGGAGCAGGCAUAUGCUAAGAAUGCCCUCGACCGCACCAACUUAGCAGCAGCAGUUCGAUCAACCGUCAAAAGCAAAAAGGAGAAGGCCAAGGCUACAGCUUUGCGAACGCCUCAGGAGAUCUUAUCCGCCAUUCAAUCGCGCCUAAGCGAACUCAAAGAACGUUCGGCUGAUCACAGCGCCAGUAUAGCUAGGAUUAGUACAGAACUAAAGGCAUUAAAGCUCCAGCAGUUGCAGUGCCAGCAGAACGCACCGACAGCGGCAGCAAAGUACAAGUUUUACCAAGAAAUAAAAUGCUAUGUGAAUGACCUUGUAGACUGUCUCUCUGAAAAAGCGCCAGUGAUAUACGACCUAGAAAAGCGUGCACUGCAACAGUAUGGCAAAAACCAACGUUAUUUGGUAAACAGACGGAGGCAGGAUGUCCGUGAUCAGGCCAAAGAAAUCGCGGAAUCAGCAAAACCUGUACCAGCUGCCUCCCGCCGAACACCUGAAUAUGAAGAACAAGUUCGCCGUGCAGCGGAAAGGGAGGGUCGAAGGACACGUCGGCGAUGCGAGCGCGAGCGUAAUGAUCUGCUUUCUUCUCACCUGGAUGGCAUGUCGAGCGACGAUGAGAUUGCCGAUCAACAGCAGGAACUAAGUGUGGCUUCAAUGGCGCAAAUAGAAUCCCUGUCCACGAUUGCCGUUGAAGACGUUACUGAUGACUUCAGCAAGAUCGAGCUAAUACUAAUGAAGUUUUUUGCCUGGCGAAAGACUGACAUGUCGUCAUACCAGGACGCAUUUGUUAGCCUGUGCCUUCCGAAACUCUUGGCUCCGCUGGUGCGCCACGAACUUGUUCUUUGGUCGCCACUGCUGGAUGAGUACGCGGAUAUAGAAAAUAUGCGAUGGUAUCAGGCGUGCAUGCUUUAUGCGUCUCAGGCAGAUGAAACUGUGGAGCAGCUCAAGAACGAUCCGGAUAUUAAUCUAGUGCCGGCGCUGAUUGAGAAAAUUGUGCUUCCUAAAGUGACUGCUUUAGUCACGGAAUGCUGGGACCCAUUGUCUACCACACAGACCCUGAGAUUGGUUGGGUUCAUUAAUAGAUUAGGUCGCGAGUUUCCCUUGAGCGGCACAAAUAAGCAGCUUAACAAACUGUUUGAAUCCAUCAUGGAACGCAUGCGGUUGGCUCUAGAAAACGAUGUCUUUAUACCCAUUUUUCCAAAGCAAGUGCAAGAGGCAAAAACGUCGUUCUUUCAGAGACAGUUUUGCAGUGGUCUAAAGCUGUUUCGCAAUUUCCUAAGCUGGCAGGGCAUCCUGGCUGAUAAGCUACUGCGCGAGCUGGCGAUUGGAGCGCUUCUAAAUCGUUACCUGUUGUUAGCUAUGCGAGUCUGCACGCCAAACGAUGCCAUAAACAAAGCUUACAUCAUUGUAAAUACCCUGCCUACAGUCUGGUUGUUGCCCAAUAGCGAGACCAUCAAGAACUUGGAGCUUUUUAUAGGGUAUAUUAAGCAAACAAUAGAGAGCUGUGAUGCAAGCAAUCCAAUCUUUAUGCAAUCCAGCGAAAAAGCCAAGCAAAUACUUCAAAGACUACAUAGUUUAUAAAGUGCAGGGACAAACAUUGCAGUGACCGCUCACAUCGUUCCUAACAGUCAAAUACUCGUUGUAAAAAUCAUAAAAUGCACAACAUAUAU